GGACAGAAGGGUCCAUACGUCAUUAAAUGUGAUUGUGGGAGUUCCCAAGGGGAGUCAUGUGUUCCCAAAAGGUUUUCAGCCCUAUCCUGCAGAAAUUAGUGGGCAACUUAUAUUUCUUUCUAAGAAAGAAUACCAAAGGACGUUGGCGUAGAGGACAUUGGCUGCCAUGAGUUCCAGUGCAUUGUUGCCGAAACCACAGAUGCGUGGUCUUCUGGCCAAGUGCCUGCAGGUUCAGAUUGUCGGCGCAUUCGUUGUGGCCCUAGGAGUUGCUGCUGCCUAUAAGUUUGGUGUGGCUGAACCAAGAAAGAAGGCUUAUGCAGAUUUCUACAGGAAUCAUGAUUCCAUGAAAGAUUUUGAAGAGACGGGGAAGGCUGGUGUCUUUCAGCGUGCGAAGAAUUCUCUGGAUUGUGCCCCGUAGAAGUUCAUUGCUGACCUGUAUUCCUGAACUAAGAAACAUGAAUGUGUGGGCUAAGGAGUAGUUCCUCUCAAUAAACAAUAAUUAUAUGGACAAAAGAAAAGAAAG